CCUUGAUGUUUAUAAUGAUUAUGAGCCAACAUCAGAAGCUAGUUCUUUUUUUGAUGAAUUUGCAAAUGCGAUACAAAUAGAAGAGAUAGAAGAAAAUACUACUAUACAAGAUAAUGAAUAUAACAGUAAUAAUAAUAUGCUUUCGUGUUGUUUAGAUGAAGUAGAAAAUUUUGUUACUAUACAAUUUCAGAAUGCUGAGUUAUCUGAUGAGCCCACAAAGUUUGAAUUCGAAAUCGAAUUGGAUUUAGAACUUUUAGAUAUUAUUAAGCUUGGUCAAAAUUUCAAAAAUGAACCAUUAGACUUGAAAAAUAUUAAAGAUAACUUUUUACAACUUAUUAAAAUUCUUAUUUUACUAUUGGAAUCUGGAUCUGAAUACUAUUGGAAUGUAUAUAAAUUAUGUUUAAAUUUAAAAAAAAAGAAUUUACAGGAUGUGCUACUGCAUACCUUUAUCAUACAUCAUGCAAAGAUUGAAUUUGGCAACAAGAUAAUCAAGAGAUUAAAAGGCGAA